CCUCUCAGCCCACCACACCAACCGCCCUCCCUCUCUGUCUCUCUCUCUCGCUUCUCCAUUCUCCACCUGGGGGGAGGGGAUCCUUCAGAUUUGGUGGCCUCGCCGGCGACGGCCGUGAGCAGGACGGCUUCCCCGGUCUCUCUGUUGCGCCUGCCGACUGCGAGCUCGAUCCAGCGGUUUUUUCAUCCCGGGCCAAGGCCACGAGCGGGACGGCAUCCUCCUCGUUUCUUCACAGCUGUGUUGAAUUGAACCCCGGCGAUGAUGCUCGAGUACAUGGUGAUAGUGACCUGAGCGAGACCACAAAGCUUGGCUCUACCGCAUUGAAGAAUUCAGUUCUCUUUCAAACUCUCUUUAUCUUCCUUGCCUCUUGAUUCAACUCCUGGGCCGUCCCUCCAGGAUGGGUCUUCUCAGCAUCAUCAGAAAGAUCAAACACAAGGAAAAGGAGAUGCGGAUUCUCAUGGUGGGCCUGGACAAUUCAGGUAAGACAACGAUUGUGCUGAAGAUCAAUGGGGAGGACACUAGUGUCAUCAGCCCCACCCUUGGCUUCAACAUCAAGACCAUCAAGUAUCAAAAGUACUCGCUGAACAUAUGGGAUGUUGGGGGACAAAAGACUAUCCGCUCAUACUGGAGGAAUUACUUUGAGCAGACUGAUGGGCUGGUUUGGGUAGUUGACAGCUCUGACGUCCGGAGGCUUGAUGACUGUCGUGCGGAGCUCCACAAUCUACUGAAAGAAGAGAGACUAGCCGGAGCUUCUUUGUUGGUGUUUGCAAACAAGCAGGACAUUCAGGGCGCUCUGAAACCUGCAGAAAUCGCCAAGGUCCUGGAUCUGGCAGCCAUGGAGAAGAGCCGGCACUGGCAGAUCGUCGGCUGCAGCGCCCACACCGGCGACGGGCUGCUUCGGGGUUUCGACUGGCUCGUUCAAGACGUCGCCUCGCGCAUCUACGUCCUCGACUGAAUACCUGAAGAGAGUCCCUAUCUUAUGUCGAUGAUGGAGUAUCGAGUUCAGGAUUGUUGUGCUAGACUUGACUCGAUGCAAGAGACUGAAAAAAUCAAAUCUUUUCACUCGGUAAAUCUUCAGGGGAAUCUUGUACUGUACUUGCUAUUAUUAGGAUUAAUCAUGUAAAAUCCAAGUUGGAUUCUAUCUCUGGGAUGGCAACUGGAAGUCAAGUAUUCGAAGAUUAGCACCAUCUGUGAGGAUCUUUGUCAUGAUUAGUACUAA